UCUAGACAGACCCUAUUCCCAUCAUCUUCUUUCACGUUGAGAUCAUUUAAGACUGAUACUUUUACCACUUUCAAAAAAUUACUUUCUAAUUUCUUCCUCUAUCGCGGCAAAUUUUGUUACUUUUCUUCAUAUUACCUUUGACUCAUUAUCGUGCUCAAUUAGACCAUGGCGCCAAAAUCCGACCAAGAACCGCUGAUCAACAACAACCCCCAGCUUCAGACUUACUAUCACUCCCUUGAGUCCAGAAUUGGAUACCGCUUCCUUCUAGGUGGCACUCGUCACUUUGGUUUCUACGAGAAUGACACCUGGUGGCCAUUUCCUCUCAGCAAGGCUCUCAGGGCAAUGGAAGACAAGCUAGCAACAUGCUUAGACCUUUCGCCUGGUUCCUAUGUCCUUGAUGCCGGGUGUGGAGUUGGAAACGUCGCUUAUCACUUGGCGACCAAGCGUGGUUUCAAAAUCCAGGGCAUCGAUAUUGUCGAUCACCACCUAUCUAAAGCGAAACGAAAUAUUGCUCGCAGGGGUCUUACCGAUGACCAGAUUGCGGUUCGAAAAAUGGACUACCACCAUAUCGAAAGCCUUGGAUCUCAGACAUUCGAUGGCAUCUAUACAAUGGAAACCUUUGUGCACGCCACUGAUCCCAAGGCAGUCCUAGCAGGGUUCUUUCGCGCCCUACGUCCCGGAGGCCGGAUCGCUUUGUUCGAGUAUGACCACGAGCUCGUCGACGGGUCUCCAGAAAAGAUGGUGCAUUCCCUGGACAAAAUCAACGAAUUUGCUGCAAUGCCGACGAACAGCGUGUCAAACCCGGGGGUAUUCAAGCAGAUGCUUGAAGAUGCUGGGUUCACAGAUGUGGUCGUGCGGGACUUUUCGGACAACAUAAUACCGAUGACACGACUGUUUUGCAUGCUUGCCUACAUCCCAUAUCUCAUGGUAUCGCUAUUUGGCAUGGAGAGGCAUUUUAUCAAUACUGUCGCGGGGGUUCAAUCCUAUCGCGGCCGCAAGCAUUGGCGAUUUUUGGCCAUCUCGGCGACGAAACCUGUUGAGAUAGAAAAGGCCGAGGGAUUUCAGUCCGUAUCCCCGGUGUCAGAUGAAUCAGUCUAAUAGACGCACCAAGGAUGUGCCACCGUAAAUUACCAGUUUGUGGCUCUUAGCAUAUAAUUGAAGACCG